UUCGUUAAUUUUCACCGACAGUGCAAUUAUGUUUGUUUUUAGAUAGCUUCUUUUCAUUGCUUAUAAAGAGUGCAAUUAAAAAAACCGCAAAAAUGUAUAUUUUGACAAUUUCUUCUAUAACAUUUUUGACAUUCUUGUAUUGCGAAUUUUUGGCGGACUUUUUACAACUUUCGCGGUGUCGGUGGCCAACUUUUAAAACCAAAAGCCUAAAACUGAAAAAUGAAUUAAAAGCCAUGAUAAUUGCAGACACCCAUCUAAUUGGUCCCAUUCAUGGCCACUGGCUAGACAGAUUAUACAGGGAAUGGCAUAUGCAUCGGAGUUUUCAGGCCUCUAUGCAUCUCUUCGAACCUGAUGUUGUUUUUGUGUUGGGUGAUCUCUUCGAUGAGGGGGAUUUUGUAAAUAGUGAUGAUUUCGAACAAUAUGUGGAGCGCUUUCAUCGUAUUUUUAAGACACCAAGUAAUGUGUCCAUUAUUAGUGCUGUGGGCAAUCAUGACAUUGGUUUCCAUUAUAAGAUGGAUAGAAGUUUCAUUAAACGCUUUUCCAAACAUUUUAACAACACAGGUGUAGAAAUUUAUACAAUUAAAGGAAAUCAUUUCAUUAUGAUUAAUUCUAUGGCAAUGCAAAAUGAUGGUUGUGGUUUUUGUAAUGCGGCACUGCGUGAUUUAAAUAGUAUAUCUGAAAAACUAAAAUGUCUCAAAAAUAAAGAUCGCUGCGAAGAUAAUGAAGUCCUACAAAAACACAAAACCUACAAUCGUCCGAUUUUGAUGCAACAUUUUCCCACCUAUAGAAAAUCGGAUGCCGUUUGUGUAGAACAUGAUGCACCAAGCAUUGAGUUCUUUCGCGAAAAUUGGGAGGUGCUCUCAAAAGAAUCCACAGAUUUAAUAGGCAAACUCCUAACGCCGCGAGUUGCCUUCGCUGGCCACAGCCAUCAUUAUUGCUUGAAUAUAAAUCGUUUUGGCAUAGAAGAAUACACAGUAGCCUCUUUCAGCUGGCGCAAUAAAAUAGAGCCGAGCUUUUUGCUGACUUCUUUUAGCGGCUCGUCCUACGCUGUCUCUAAAUGCAAUAUGUUAGCGCAAAUGCAUGUCUACAAUACAUACAUAGCGGUUGCGACAAUAUUAAUAACAACCAUUAUUUUUCAAACCUCACGAAAAUUCUUGAGUAUAAGAAAAAAAGAUUGAAAUCCAAUUUACCAAUAAGGUAUUAUGAACGAAAAUGUUUAGAAACUAGCAAAUGUUUAGACUAAAAACAAAAGCGGUGUUGGGUUGAUCCGGUCACCUUAAGAGGUAAUUAUUUUCAAUUAUUCUAAAUUUAUUUAAUUUUUGUUAUUUAAAUUCGUCGCGGGAAUCAUAACAGUAGAUUUAUACCUAGAUAAAGUAUUAUUGUAGUUAUUUUAGUGAUAAUAAAAAGGUAUAUUUUAUGCUGUCGCGCAAUAAUUUAGAAUAUAAAAAAUUAUAUUCUAUUUUAAAAAGACCAUAAAAAAAUAAAUAUGUAUGUUAUACAAGAAAACAUGUUUUGAUAAUAUGCUGCUAGUGUAAGAAGUAUAGGACGUAGAUGUUGUAUUUUUUUUUU